CUAAAACACUAUCUCUGCUGUGUCAGGGGACUCCAACACAAUCUCUGUUGUGUCAGGGGACUCCAACACAAUCUCUGCUGUGCCAGGGGACUCCAACACAAUCUCUGUUGUGUCAGGGGACUCCAACACAAUCUCUGCUGUGCCAGGGGACUCCAACACAAUCUCUGCUGUGUCAGAGGACUCCAACACAAUCUCUGCUGUGCCAGGAGACUCCAACACAAUCUCUGCUGUGUUAGAGGACUCCAACACAAUCUCUGCUGGAUUUUG